CCUAAGUUCCCCGGUUCUCCUCUCGCUGCUCAUUCUCUCCAUAAGCUGUCACACAUACACACACACACACACACACGCACAGAGACGCGUACACACACGGAGCUCCUGCGUGUUGGAGCAAACCUCUGCUCCGUCUAGUCUCUCUCGGCUGCCGAGCCGCAGCUGGUUUGAUUCUGCGGGCAGCGCGGAGCUUCGUCGUGACAAGAGUUUUUGGGGGAAUCGGCUGAAGGAGGAAUGAGCCGCGGAGAAGGAAGAUAAGACGAUGGUGUCAGAGUGGUGCCCUGCAGUCAGACGUGCACACUCGUUCGAACACAUGGCUGACAGCAUGAGGGCUUGAAAGAGCGCACAAGAGUGAGGGAUCUGAAGACGCCCCGUCAUAGAGAAAAGACGGAGUCUCUGGCCAGUCCCCUGCUAUUUUGCAGCUGUGUUGGAGUCAGAAAGUGUUCGUCGGCCUUGCAAGGAAAAUGAGAUCUCUCUCUACAUGCCAUUUCCCUGUACAUGGGUACGGGCCAGAGCAGCGUAAAGCCUUCCUGGCCUUGAAUGAAACCCCUGGGGCUGUUCUGUGGAGGUAUUUGUGAUAACCCUGCUGGAUGUUCUCUUGUCACCCUCCUCCAUGGUUGUCAUUAGUGGCUAAUGAGCUGCUGCUGGAGAGCGAAAGGAGAAUGCGCCUGUUGUGAGAGAGGCAAGACCUUACAGCUGUUAUUAAGAGACCCAGGGAUCUCGGACAAGAAAGUCUUUGCCCUUCCCAAAAAAAAAAAAGAGAAAAAAAAAAAAAGCAAUCAAAGCCUUUGAAACCUGCAGCUUUGAAAUUAUGAACAUAUUUUAACUCUGAAAAUUUUGAUAUGUCUUCCUUUUCUGGUAUUAAUUAUUAAUAUUUUGUGUUCAUGUUAUAUGUCUGAUGACAAUGACACGGAUCGGAUCAAAGACGCAGUAUUUCGACACGAUGAUUCAGCCAUUGAACAUGUACUGUGUUGCUUUUUAAAAGUGAAAAUUUUAGCAAGAAGAUAUUUUAUGAAACUGUUAUACAUCUCUUGUUUGUUGUAAAUUUUAUGACCUUUGACUAUCUUAUGUCUUGAAAAAAAAAAAAAAAAAAUUGGCCACCAUGGCAGCAGCCUAUCGUGUCGUUGUAAGCAGUGUGAGCUGCUACAACAGCGUGGUGGUGGACCGACGUGCUCACUCCCAAGCUGUGCACUACUGCUCAGGGCCAUGCGGGGCGCUGUCCCAAGGUUUAGACUGCACCGUUGCACACCGUGGCACGUGCUCUGAGUUUCUUGUUGACCCCGAUGCCACAUUCAAUGACUUCAACAGCUCGCCCAUGCAACCUCGUAACAUGAUUUCUCCGCACCUUCCCAACCAUAAUAAACUUUGUGUUUCCAUGGAUACUAUUCAUAACGGUGGUCUGGAGAGGGCGGGCAGCAGUGGCAAUUUGUCUUUAGGGGAAGACAGCCCCACAUGGCGGGGUAAAAAGACCUCGAGUGGCACAGGAUCUACUGGCAACCUGACCUGCUCUGGCAGCUUGAAGGACAUUACUGAAGAGGCCAUUAACCUGGCCAGCGGCAAGCUCAAAGAAUUUUCCUUUGACAAGCUCCGCCUGUCCUCCUCUAGUCAUGUUACUCUCCGCAAAGGUCGUAAAGUACGCCCAGACUCUUUUAGUCGUCGCUCAACUGACCUGGAGAUCAUCUACGGCCACUUCAGCUCCAGUCUUACAACAAACACAACAACUAAUAGCAUGACAAAUGGCAUAAUUACUUCUAAUGAUGAGAAUGUGCCGCCAUUUAUGCUAGGGAAAGGAACUGGAGCAGAAGAAGCAAAGUUAAAGGGGAGCUCUGGUUCUCUGUCAGCCACCACGAAAGUGGGUAAUGGCUCUACAAGCAGCCUUUCAAGUAUUGGAUCACUGGACCAGAGUCUAAACACCGUGGCAUCACUGUACCGCACUACUCUUGGAGAGGAGAACCUAAUUGCCCGACUGCUAGAGAAGACAAGGGCAGAGGCUGGCAGUGGGGGGGCAGGUGGUGAGGACAUCCGUGCCUGCCUUGACAUCCUGCUUAAAUGUUCUGAAGACCUAAAGAAAUGCACUGACAUCAUCAAACAAUGCAUCAGGCGCAAGGCAGGUGGAGGGCCAGAGGACGGAGGAACAAAUCCUGACAGUGUUUAUCGGGCUGUGAUGACCCGACUGAGCUCCUAUCUCAAGAGACUUCCUUUAGAGUUGGAAGGGGUUGGAAGUCUGGGAGGCAUGGGGCAGGGCGGUCAAGGCGCACCUGGGAGUGGGCAUAGUGACCUCGCUGAACUGAUCAACACAAUUCACUCUAUCCAACAGGGACCCUUUUCUCCCAUCUUUGGCAAUGAGCAACCUCCCCGCUAUGAAGACGUUGUGCAGUCACCUCCCAUCUCCAAGAAAUUUUUACACUCAACAUCUUCUGCUCCUUCGUCAGCCUCACCUUCGUCCACAUUAUUAAAAUCAGAUUCCAACCAGGCCAAAUCAGUCCAGAGUUCAGUUUCGCCAAAGGGUACCUCACUUACCAAUGGACUACAGUCCACACAUCCUUCUUUGAGCACCCAACACACUCUGUCUCCUCCACCUGUGACAUGUUCGCCUUCUAGUUCUUCUCCAACACACUCACCCUCCCCUCUUCGAAACUCUCCUACAUCAUCAUUCACACACACUCCCCCGACAUCACCCAUGGAAGCUCUAUACAUCGAGGAAGAGGAGGCAGAAAUCGGAAAGACUGCAGAUCAUAUCUCACAGCCGACACACAUGCCAACCAGAGGGAUUAACAUGACCCAGAACAAAAAUGGAACUAUCAUGGGGCAACAACUGCACUUAUCGCAAUCUAACACAGCUAAUAAUUCUUCAAAUCAUUUGCCAGGAAGCUCCAGCUACAUUCCCACUUGGCCUUCCUCCACCUCUUUAACAGUCUCGACACCCAAAGCUACUUCACACAGAAAUGAUGACAUUGAUAAGCUACUGAUGGACUUGGAGAAUCUCUCUCAGAGUAUGAGCCAUCCUAGAACCACGGAGCCUCCACUUCCUGCUAAGACCAGGAAGAGAGGAGGAGCACAAGCGAUUGUCUCCAACGAGUCUCUUACUCAAGCCAGAAUGGCUCAGCACCAGGUUCAAAAACCGACCAGCCACCUGGGCAUGAAUGGCGUUAACUCCAGGGUGACCCAGAGCCCCACUCCUCCUCAGGGAGAGAACAGUGAACCUGGCACUGGGGAUGAAGAGGAUGGGGCACUGUUGUUGAGAAUUCUUGAGAGCAUUGAAAGUUUUGCCCAGGAACUUGUUGACUCUGGGGCAGGGAGUUCAGGUAGUGCCGAGAGAAAAGUUGGAAAGGAGAAGGAGGUGAUGAGGCUCCUGCAGGAUACGCUGGUCACUGCUGGUAGGGCCGAAACACCAGACAACACAAUUCCACCGGUGGUCCCCACUACUCCCUCCACGCACACAGCUGUAGUCCAACCUGUGGCUUCAAAUCACACUCAGGAAAAUGCACCCAAAGUUUUAUCUGCAUUAGCUUUUAUAAGUGCAGCAUCUGAAGCGGAGUGUGAUGCCGCAGUUGAAUCUGAACCUAAAACUACACCAGAUGCCAAUCCAGAAAAUGUGUCCAAGUCAGUGCCAGAUGAAACUACUGAAACUCCUACAGUCGAGGUUCGUUCAGAAUCCCUGCCUGCUUCUGGAGCUUAUACACCUGGAAACCUUCAGGAUUGCACCCUUGAAGAUGAACCCGCACCUGCAGUCUCUGUAGAAGAACCAUCUCCUGUUGCCCUAUCAGCCACAGAAGAUGCCGUCGUUGCUGAUGGUGAACCCUCGGCUUCGAGAAACACUGGUUCUACCCUUCUCAUCCAGCAGACUCCAGAGGUCAUCAGGCUCCAGCCCAAACUGGAAAAGAAGCCAGGAACGCCUCCUCCAGCGCCGCCCGCAACCGCAGCUUCUCCACCCCCCACGCCACGUUCGCCAAGCCCUCCUCCAGCGCCGGUGAUCAUCACUCCCCCUCCUCCUGCCGUUAACAUUCCCAGGUUCUACUACCCUCGUGGGCUCCCUGCCCCGGGCCCGACUGCCAACCACGACGCAACCAUCGCUGCCAUAGAGACGGCCUUCGCUGAGUUCGAGGAGGACAAGGCUGACAUUUAUGAGAUGGGCAAGAUUGCGAAGGUGUGUGGAUGUCCGCUUUACUGGAAGGCAGCCAUGUUCUAUGCUGCUGGUGGUGAGAGGACGGGCUUUGUGUCGGUUCACUCAUUUGUUGCAACAUGGAGGAAGUUGCUGCACAGUUGCCACGAUGAUUCAUCGAGGUUUAUUUAUCUGCUAUCUAAACCUGGGCUUACGUAUUUGGAACAGGAAGACUUCAUUCCUCUUCUCCAAGACAUUGUGGACACGCACCCUGGACUCACGUUUUUGAAGGAUGCCCCUGAAUUCCACUCGCGCUACAUUACUACGGUCAUCCAGCGGAUAUUUUAUGUGGUGAACCGCUCCUGGACGGGGCACGUCACCAUGACAGAGCUGCGCAGGAGCAACUUCCUGCAGACUCUGGCCCUCCUGGAAGAAGAGGACGACAUCAACCAGAUCACCGACUACUUCUCCUACGAACACUUCUACGUCAUCUACUGCAAGUUCUGGGAGCUGGACACCGACCACGACCUCUACAUUGACCCCAAGGACCUGUCGAGAUACAAUGACCACGCGUCCUCAAACAGAAUCAUCGACAGGUUGUUUUCCGGUGCUGUAACCCGGGGCAACGCCGUGCAGAGAGAAGGCAGGAUGAGCUACGCUGAGUUUGUCUGGUUCCUUUUAUCUGAGGAAGACAAGAAAAACCCAACCAGCAUAGAGUACUGGUAUCGCUGCAUGGACGUCGACGGCGACGGCGUUCUCUCCAUGUUUGAGCUGGAAUACUUUUAUGAGGAGCAGUGCGAGAGGAUGGAGAGGAUGGGCAUCGAGCCGCUGCCCUUCCAGGAUUUGCUCUGCCAAAUGCUUGACUUGGUCAAGCCCGAGAAUCCAGGCAAGAUAACCCUGAGCGAUCUGAAGCGCUGCCGGAUGGCUCACAUAUUCUUCGACACAUUCUUCAAUCUGGAGAAAUACCUGGACCACGAGCAGAGAGAUCCAUUUGCAGUGCAAAAGGACAUUGACAGUGAAGGUCCGGAGCCGUCCGACUGGGACAAAUAUGCUGCAGAGGAAUAUGAGAUACUGGUAGCAGAGGAAACCGCAAACGAGCAGCUCCAUGAAGGGACAUUUGAUGACGACUAUGAAUCCGAGGAGCUUCAAGUCCCAAGAGAGAUUGGGAAUAAGAUGGAAAAACUGGUCAUAUCCGACCUGUCGGCAUAAGUCUCUUUUCGUGGAAUUGCUGGGCGUCUGCGUGUGGGUGAAACAUAGGAUCUGAAUGGGGGGAAAAAAAGGGACUUCCUGGCUUCUCUCAGGAAGGAGUUUAUGAAUGCGUUUUGUGUAUGUACACUUCUGUUUUGCUGCGUGCGUGGCGCGACUAUGCAUUCGCACACAGGGACAGUACAAUAUCUCUGCUCUCUGAUCCGUUUGAGAAGACAAGACGGUGACGGCGGAGAGAAAAAGAACUGCUUGAUAAGCUCGCCGGAGAUUGGGAGAAAACUACUUAACUGUAAAAACAAACAAAAAACUUCUUUGUGAAUUCUCUACUGACAAUCAUGCCAAAA